UAUAUUCUUUUAAAAUAGGAACCAGCAAAAAUGACAUCUGGGACAUGAUAAAAUGACGUAUGUCAUCGAUUGACCAAAAAAAUCCAAAAAUUACGCUGAUUUAUUUUGAUAACAAGCAAUAUGUAUAAUAUUUUGAAAUAAGAUUUACAUGGUAUAACAACUAAAAAUGAUAGAAGCAGCGAGUGCAAGCGUGGAAAAUGCCACAACCACUACCACUAUACCAAACAUAAUAAACGAUGACAACGACAUCGCCCGGCCGGAAGCCACGUUCCGAUUCACAGUGGAAAAUGUGAGCCAACUGAAAGAGCAGGUUCUGUCACCGCCCACCUACGUGCGGUGUCUGCCGUGGAAGAUCCUGGUGCUGACGCGCAACACCACCACCGCUGACCGGCAGCAGCAGAAGGCUCUGGGCAUCUUCCUGCAGUGCAACGGAGACUGCGACUCUUCAGGGUGGUCGUGCUACGGCAUGGGCGAGCUCAAACUCGUGUCGCACAAGCCAGACAUACCAGACUACUCCAGGAAACUACACCACAUGUUCCACUACAAAGAAGACGACUGGGGCUACACUCACUUCAUACUGUGGAAAGACCUGAUGAACCCAGACAAUGGCUUCAUCAAGGACGACUCCAUCACGAUCGAGGCUCACGUCACCGCUGAGGCGCCGCACGGGGUCUGCUGGGACUCCAAGAAGCAUACAGGAUAUGUAGGGUUGAAGAACCAGGGCGCGACGUGCUACAUGAACUCACUGCUGCAGACGCUAUUCUUCACCAACAUCCUUCGCAAAGCGGUGUAUAAGAUGCCGACAGUAGGCGAUGACAGCUCGCGUUCUGUCGCCUUCGCCUUGCAGAGAGUUUUUUACGACCUGCAGUUCUCAGAAAAGCCGGUGGCGACGAAAAAGCUGACCAAGAGUUUUGGAUGGGAGACCCUCGACUCUUUCAUGCAACAUGAUGUUCAAGAGUUUUUACGGGUGUUACUUGAUAAGUUAGAAAGUAAAAUGAAAGGAACUAUAGUGGAAGGAACGGUACCAAAGCUGUUCGGUGGGAAAAUGACGUCAUUCAUCAAAUGCAAGAAUGUAAAUUGUUCAAGUACUAGAGUGGAAACCUUCUACGAUAUCCAACUGACAGUCAAAGGAAUGAAAAACAUCUACGAGUCGUUCAACGACUACAUCAGCACGGAGCUGCUAGAGGGAGACAACAAGUACGACGCGGGCGAGCACGGGCUGCAGGACGCGGAGAAGGGGGUUCGCUUCGACGUGUUCCCUCCCGUGCUGCAUCUGCACCUCAUGAGGUUCCAGUACGACCCGCAGACCGACAACUCGGUCAAGUUCAAUGAUAAAUUCGAGUUCUUCGAGGAGAUAAACCUGGACCCGUACCUCCAAGAAGCGGCGGUGCCAGCACAGUCCCCCGCACAGUAUACCCUCCACGCCGUGCUAGUGCACUCGGGCGACAACCACGGUGGACACUACGUCGUGUUCAUCAACCCCAGGGGAGAUGGCAAGUGGUGCAAGUUCGACGACGACGUGGUGUCCCGCUGCUCUGCGCGCGAGGCCGUGGAGUACAACUACGGCGGGCAGGAGGACGCGCCGCACCUGCCCCGCCGCGCCACCAGCGCCUACAUGCUUAUUUAUAUACAAACCUCCCAGCUCAAGCACGUGCUGCAGGAGGUGUCAGCAGCUGACAUCCCCGCGGACCUCAGCGACCGCAUCACACAGGAAAUGCGAUACGAGAUGAAACCCCUGUUCCGUAUUUCAGGCGGCAGAAAAAUAAGAUGCAGGAAAGUAAAAUCUGACACCUCAGUGAGCUCGUCCAAGUAUGUGAAGAUAUUCAGCGCACUAAAACAGUUGUUCACUUUGCAGGCCGUAGCCGGCUCUAAGUUUAAGGGAAGAUAGACCAAGUAGAAGAUAAAUUGACAAGUGUAUUUAGAAUUACGUUUCGAAACUAUUUUUAUUAUCGUUGUAUAUUUUUGUAAAUGUUAUAUUUAUGUGCCCGCUGUUAAUAAAACAUGUUGCAAUA